AAGCAGUGUAUCCCUAGCCCGGGUGACGGGGCCAUUCCGCAGAUUACAACAUCCCGCGUCGCCCAAACUUCCAGGGUGCUGGCUCAACACAGCCCGUCAAAGUCAAAAUGGUUUGGAUUUAAGGUUAACAGAACGUGGUCCCCUUGAGUGAUUGGCAAGCAGACGCCGAGAUUUGUUGAAAUAAGUGCCGUUAGAGAAGGGAGCGUCACGUACCCCGGGCAGAUUGGCAUUACUCGCAGAAUUCGUACUCGACAGCACAACAUCCGAUGGGUCCAAACAAAGCAGGAGCAGGUCCAUCGAACCGGCGUGGGUCAUCCUUUGCCGAUGCGUACAAACCGCCGUCUCGAGUAAUAUUCGACAAGUUCGACACAGAUUCAUCGGGUACCAUCAAUGUUCGUGAGUUCCGAGAUCUAUGUUACGACAUGGGGUACUUCCUGUCGGACAAGGAGCUAUCGAUGGCGAUAAAGCUGCUGGAUGUAGAUGGGAACGGAGAGAUUAGUUACGGCGAAUUCAUAAAUUGGUGGCAACGCGAAGAUCGGUUCGCAGCUUUGAAGCUGUCCCAGGGGGAGUUAGCCGAAUUGACAGAAAUCAGCACAGAGUUUCAACGAUUCGACAAAGAUCAUAGCGGAUGCAUCGAUGUGCGCGAAUUCCGGAUGCUGUAUGCUGAUCUCGUAAAACGACAUAUGACCAAGAAGACUCUUGCAGGGACCUUAGAGGAGCUAGACCAUAAUCGCGACGGAAAAGUAUCGUUCAACGAAUACGUCAACUGGGUGAUAAGUCAAAGGCGGUCCGGAGACCAUGCAGUGGACGCAAAGCUCGAUCCGCUUUCAUCUACGACAAGUUCGCGAAGGCCCUCGGAUACCAAGCAACUCGCACAGUAAUUAGACACCCAAAUACCACUGCUGGUGUAUAUUGCACAAUCUGGCCCUGUCCUCCGCAGCCCAUUUACAUCAUGUUCGCAUCAGAAUAGAUAUUUCGUAUUCUCGCCCUUUCGUUUCGGAUCACCCCCGAACGCCACACGUUAUCUGCCCCUCUGAGACAUGGACAGACAGUUCCCACCAUCAGAUGAUGACUCCCUUAUCUGCCAUCCAUUGAGUUGUCUUCUUCUGCAGGCCUUCUCCGAUAACGGCUCUGAUACUGCAUCAGCGGCUG